AUGUCUGAUCAGGAAAGAUGUUUUGCUAAAGCUGGUUCCUAUCCGCCAAGCCCAACGCGCAGCCCCAAGGCUGAACGCGUGUCGCGCGUGGUUGGCUCAGAAACGAGCGUGGUCACUCGCACUAGGCGCAUUGGGAAGACGGGGAUGAGAACGACAUUCCCGCCGGUGAUGGUUGGGCUUUCUUUCGAAUUGCGAAUUUUUUGGCAGAAGCCGUUCUCUGGUCUUUCUGCAGGAUUUCAGCAACUCGUUUGGAGUAGUCUUCCUGCCCUAUCCAUGUUCCUGAUUUCCAACUUCUCUGAUCGCUGUGUGAAAUAUCUCAUGUAUUCUCGGCGUCUUCUCAUUAAGCUACCGUGUCCAUAUCCAUGCUUCCUAGCCUUCUACGGCACCCCCGGGUUUCCCUUUCAGCUCGAGGCAAUUGCAGCAAGCGGAAUUUGGCUCGUGCAACGGAAAUCUCCGUACUAUCGAUCACCUAAAAAUGAAGCUGCAGAGCUCUAUAUAAAUCGUAUCUCAGUCAAUUUUCGAGUUCUUUCAAGUAAGCUGGCUGACGCCGUUGCCUCCGAGGCCGAGAUAGCCCUGCAACACCUUCCUCAUCAUCUACCACCUCAUAGUACUCAACUAUCUCCUCUUGAGCUGUUGAGCUACCUUUUCUUCCUUGCGGAGUAG